UGUUUAUUGAUACUGGUUCAGACAACCUGAAAUACUCGGUUAAGCGUUUUGUUGUUGCCGAACGAAAGCGAAAAGUGAAUAGACAAAUUAACAUAAAAAGCGAAUGCGGGGAAACGAAACUCGAGCGGAAGGUGGAAUGUGUGCAAAGUGAUGUGAAAUGAUGCUGCCGCCGCAGCAGCUGGCCGUAUUGUGUGUGUACCGAAAGUGCAUCGAUUCGUCGCCUGGUCAGAGAGAGGCAAACGUUACAGUUUUAAGCUAAAGCUUUCUGAAUCUGUUCGGAAUAGGACAUGGUACAUAUGUAACACUUUCAACAUGCAGAACGUGAUGGGCUGUGGCGCCUACUCGAGAGCUAAACCAAAUCAUUACCCUGCAACUUGGUUUUCGGGGGGCGUCUGAAAAAUCGAUCGCAGUAAUUGGUAGCCACAACAGCCAAUCCGGGCGGCAAAUAAUGAUGAUGGUGUUGGAGUCCCCUGAAACAGCUCGGUGCUCAGCCGACUUGGCCGGAAAAUUAACCAGAGAUGGCUAUAUGAAUACGUCUCAGUAAACAGCAGAUACUAUUCCAGUCGAAGCGAAGCGAGACCGAUACCGCAGACAUGUCGAAAACAAGGGGUCGCAUUCUGAUUCCACUUCCUAAUACCGGAGCGAUGGGGCGCAAGCGCAACAACUUUUACAUGCGCAGCCUCUUCCUGCUGGCCCUCUGCAUCUUCGGGCUGCUACAAUAUCACAAUUUUAACUACUUGGACUCGCGGGACAAUGUGCUGGGAGAUGCGGUCACCAACGACUCGGACGACGCCAUACUGGCCAUGGUGCCCGCCACUCUUCACAAGUAUCUCACACCGCACUCCCGCAAUCACACCGCUUCGGGAGCGGGAGCAGCCUUGCUCCUUAAUGCGAGCAGCCCUGGAGGCGUAACUGCCACCACACUCAGCUUCGACGUCUACCACCCUCCGAAUAUUACGGAGAUCAAGCGUCAGAUCGUGAGGUACAACGAUAUGCAGCUCGUGCUCAACGAAGACACAUUUGGGCCCCUGCAAAACGAUUCUGUGAUAAUUGUAGUCCAGGUGCACACGAGAAUUACCUACCUGCGCCAUCUAAUCGUAAGCCUGGCGCAGGCGCAAGACAUCUCCAAGGUGUUGUUGGUGUUCUCCCAUGACUACUAUGACGACGAUAUUAAUGAUCUAGUGCAGCAGAUAGAUUUCUGCAAGGUCCUGCAGAUCUUCUACCCAUACUCCAUUCAAACGCAUGCGAACGAGUUUCCUGGAGUGGAUCCCAACGAUUGCCCGCGGAACAUUAAGAAGGAGCAAGCUCUGCUCAGCAACUGCAACAAUGCUAUGCACCCCGAUCUCUAUGGCCACUACCGGGAAGCCAAGUUCACACAGACGAAACACCAUUGGAUCUGGAAAGCGAACCGUGUGUUUAAUGAGCUGGAGGUCACGCGCUUUCACACAGGCCUGGUCCUAUUCCUAGAGGAGGAUCAUUACGUGGCCGAAGACUUCUUAUACCUACUGGCCAUGAUGCAGCAACGAACCAAAGACUUGUGCCCGCAAUGCAACGUGCUAUCACUGGGCACGUAUCUCAAGACCUUCAAUUACUACACCUACCACAGCAAGACUAACAAGAAAUCCUAUGCUUCCUCGCUGAUCUCGACAAGCAGUCUAUUAGGAUACAAUAGGAAUAACAAUAAUAGAAACUCUGUGCAAUUAGCCGUGUCGUCCUCCUAUUCUUCCUCAUCACCUGCUGCGCAAACAUCAUCAACGUCAUCCCUCAAGUCCGCCAAAGUCUAUGUGGGCGACACCGCUGACAACCAGAAAGCCAGUGACCUAAAGAGAGAUAAUACCAGUAUCAAACGGGGCAACCUCAUCAACACUGUCACCGCCACCGCCGCCAUAUCCGACACCAACAAUGAGCAAAGUAGCCAUAGCAGCAACAAAAAUGGUGCACAAACAUGGAACUAUCAUGUCCUGCCGUCAUUGUAUUCCGUCUAUCAGAAGGUGGAGGUAAUGCCGUGGGUCAGCAGCAAGCACAACAUGGGAUUUGCCUUCAACCGCACCACCUGGACGAAUAUCCGGAAGUGUGCCCGCCACUUUUGCACCUACGACGACUACAACUGGGACUGGUCGUUGCAGCACGUUUCGCAGCAGUGUCUCCAGCGCAAACUCCACGCGAUGAUCGUCAAGGGGCCUAGAGUUUUUCACAUUGGAGAAUGUGGGGUGCACCAUAAAAACAAGAACUGCGAGUCCAACCAGGUCAUUUCGAAGGUGCAGCAUGUCCUGCGCAUCGCCCGGAACUCACAUCAGCUCUUCCCACGCUCCCUUACCCUAACGGUGCCCAGUCUGAUGAAAAAGUCCAAGCUGCGGAAGGGUAACGGUGGGUGGGGCGACCUCCGAGACCACGAGCUGUGUCUGAAUAUGACGCUAUCGAAUAGGCUCCGUCCAGCCUUCAAGAUCGGAAGAGUUCGAGUCCCGAGCGACGGCAAAGCAAUCCUUACAACAGAAGAACCGUUACGGUUACUAGCAACAUAUAAGGAAUAUAUCUACUCGUAUCCCAGAUUGUGCCGAAACCGUUUAGUAAAUGGUCAUGAUGUAGUUCGAGUUAGAGAAGCCAGCAAAUCGCAUAAACUAGUCAUAGCAUUGUGCACGCAAAUGAAUAAAUAGAUCAGAUCACCCUUUUGAUAAAUCUACGGUUAUACAUAUGUUUUAAGCCUGUAAAUAGUUGAAUUGCGUUGUAUAAUUGCUUGGGGUCUUUUUAAUAUAAACGCGCAGAACUAAAGUAAUUUGUUAUUUUAUAUUCGUUAGUCAAAAACGCUUUUACGUAUAGGAAAUUUUGAUUAAUCAAAACGAAUAAUCUUAGUGAAUAAACGCCAAGAAAAUGCUCUACC